AAUGUACUUUGCCACAUUGCUCUUCAUUGGAGACUGAACAUCAGAUCAGGGAUUGCUCAGAUCAAAUCAGAGAUUGCACAUUGGAAAGGACUUUGUCUUCAUGCAAGCAACGUUGCAAUGAUGCCGACCCUGUCCAUUCUUCUUCUUCUCUCUUGUUGUAGAAGCUAGAUAACGUUACUGUUCAGUGGAUAUCAUGGAAAUAAUUGUGCUGACGUUAACGUCCAUGAUCCUUGACGAAGCCACGGACUUUAUAAUGAAUCCAGAGACUUUGUAAUGACUAUAUGGACUUUGGUUAUACCACUGUUUGAAAUUCCAUACAAGAUUUUAGAAAUACAAAAACGUUGAGGUUAACUUAACGUUAAGCUGUUCGGACUUCAAGCGAAAAUCAUAACAUGGAAGUAGCAGUCCAGAGGAUACCAAGUGUCCUUAACUUUAUAGUCUUGGUGUUAUGGUGCAAUGUUAAUGCCUUGGUUUGUGGUUUUGAGAUGAAAACAAUUUAUUGCAAAAUCUCAGACAGUUGCGAAUGUGACUUCAAACCAAAUAUACAAGGGCUAGAAUGGGAUCUCUACAAGAACUUGUAUGGACAGCAUCUGGCUCAGGACAUUGUUUCAGAAGGAAUAUCAAACUUUUUAUCAAAGGAAAGUCCUGACCGUCCUCUGGUGCUCUCCUUCCAUGGUGCAUCAGGAACAGGCAAGAGCCUUGUCAGUUCAAUGCUGGCUAAAUAUUUGUAUGGCACAGCCAUGGGUAGCCCCUAUAUUCACCAGUUUGUGCCAACUCUCCACUUCCCGUUACCUGAGAGGCUGUAUCAGUACAGGUUAAACCUAAAACACUGGAUAGAGGGGAACCUCACUACCUGCGCUCGCUCUAUCUUUAUUUUUGAUGAGAUGGAGAGGAUGCCCUCUGGGUUGAUUGAUGUUCUUGAGCCUUAUCUUGGCCCAUUACAUGUCGUCUACCAAACCAAUUAUCGCAAAGCCAUCUAUGUUUUUAUCAGCUCUACAGGGCAGGAGGUUAUUAACAGUGUGGCUAUGGAGAUGCGCAAGGCGGGCCGUGACCGAGAGGAGAUACAACUGCAAGACCUGGUGGAGCCCCUCAAUGAGGCAGUCUUCAACGCUAACAACACUGGUUUCUACAAAUCCAGGAUCAUUUCUCAGAAGUUGAUCAGCAGUUACGUGCCCUUCCUGCCAUUGUGCCAGCACCAUGUGAAGCGCUGUGCCCAGCGGGAGUUGUGCCAGCGAGGGGAAUGCCACUGCGUGGACGUGGCUGAGGAAGUGAGCAGAGCCAUAUGUCCUACAUCCAAUGAACAACACCGGUUUUCCAGCACAGGCUGCAAACAGGUGCCUGCCAAAGUGAACGUCUACCUGUGAGAACUCAAUGAGCGCAAGGAAAUGACAAGUCCUGAGGUUCUCUCAUCUGUGAGAUCGCUAUAAUCCUUUUGGCGUGUUAAGAGCAGGGUGAUGAGGCAAUCCGAAUUAGAUACAUGUAUACGCUGGAUUGAAAGUGAUGGCUGAGUAGAGGUCGACUCGCUACGGAAUUAUCCUUCACCUGUGCUUCUCAACUUCAUGGACCACUGUGAGAGAAGUUCCCACAAUACAUCUCAGUACAUUGUGGGCACAGAGGAGAUGGUGGACUGAAAAUCAUUCUAAAAGACAAAACUGUGGUCCUUUGGAGCAGUGUCUUGGAGUUUGGAGUUUCCCACCCAAACCAUAGGUUUUACAAACGCAGAACCCUCAGCCAUAUUAAGGGCUGCCAAGUCUGUUUAUUUAUGGGUUUUUUUUUUUUUUUAAUCAGUCAAACAAUGGUACCAUCAUUAACUGAACUUUCAACACCAUUGUUUAUUGUCUUUUUUGGUAAUCUGUGAUUUGUUUUGCAACCAUCAAUCAGAUAAAUUCUUCUACUCUCCUG